AAGCCGCCUGUGUAUAUCAACAUACGCAUAUAUCGGUGUGUAUGCAUGACGUUUCACUGCGAGCGCUCGUCCGUUAGAGAUAUCAGGCUUUCGUCGUCUGCCUCAGCUCCGAUCCAGACCUAUCGUUAACGUCGUCAGUCCUGUAGCCAUCGUCAACGUCGCCAGUCCUGCAACCAUCGUCAACGUUGCCAGUCCUGCAACCAUCAUCAACGUUGCCAGUCCUGCAACCAUCAUCAACGUCGCCAGUCCUGCAACCAUCAUCGACGUCGCCAGUCCUGCAACCAUCGUCGACGUCGCCAGUCCUGCAACCAUCGUCAACGUCGCCAGUCCUGCAAUCAUCGUCAACGUCGUUAGCUCACAAGAAUGUUGACGUUGAAACUGACGUUGUUUCUGGUAACGAGUGUCGUGCUCGUAGCUGCGGUAGAAAGGAAGUACCCACAUCGGGAGUGCUAUUGCACACUUGAUAUUAACCCCGUGUGCGGCUCCGAUGGUCAAACCUACAUAAACCCAUGUCGCCUGAUCUGUGCACGCAGAGAAACCCCAGAGUUGAACCUAGGUGCCGCAUGUACCGGAAAAUGUCCUUGUGACGACAUCGACAACAGAGGAAUGACACUGGGAUAGGUUCUCCACGAUCGGAAAGGGAAGCUGACGCGUGGACGAAGUCGCUCCACCGACGCAACAUGGUGUUGGGCGAAUUCGCCUCGCCGUCCUAACAGAUUCCCAAGCACUGCUGGUUGAAUUUUUUUGUCACAAUAACUUUAUAAUUGUUGUUAUUACAUUAUUUAAUGCGCAUACGAUGUGAAAAUGGUGACGGGUGUAUGGAAAGCAUUUUGUUCAAAAAGUCGAUAAACCAGGAUUUUGGUCGAUAAACCUCGUUUAUUGAACCAAAAACCUGGUUUAUCAACGAAACUAUCAUUAUCGACCGAUAAACCAGGUUUUUCGAAAAAGGAACUGAUUAUUUCGAUAAACCAAAAACCUGGUUUAUCGACGAAACUAUCAUUAUUGACCGAUAAACCAGGUUUUUCGUCGAUAAACCAGGUUUUUCGUCGAUAAACCAGGUUUUUGGUUCGAUAAACCAGGUUUAUCGACUUUUUGAACAAAAUCCUUUCCAUACACCUAAGGUGUCUCGUGGUAAAUUACAUUAAUAUUGAAAGCAUUUAUAAACGUAGAGAAGGUCUCUCUCUCUCGCUCUCUUUAACUGGUCCGGACACAAUACAAAACAAAUAAAAUACGCUGAAUAUAAUCUCAA